AUGGCCAAUUCAUCAAAGGAGGCUUGGAAUAUUCUGCACAAAUCGUACAAAGGAGAAAAUCGGGUAAAAACUGUAAGACUCCAAACUCUUAGAUGUGAAUUUGAUGCGUUAAAUAUGAAAGAUGGGGAAUCUGUUGAGGAAUAUUUCAAUAGAAUAACCCUAUUAGUGAAUCAAUUAAGGACGAAUGAAGAAAAGGUCAGCGAACAACGAAUUGUAGAAAAUAUUUUACGUAGUAUGACUCGAAAUUUUGAGUCUGUUGUAAUCGCUGUAGAGGAAACUAAGAAUCUAGAGGACGUUUCCACUGAAGAGUUGAUGGGAAUUCUGCAAUCCCAUGAGUUACGAAUGAAAGGAUAUGAAGAUCCUCCGAUUGAACAUGCAUUCCAAAUUCAAAAUGCAAGUCAAGAUAAGUUUCGACAAAAUCGAAACAGUGCAGGAGGAAGAGGAAGUUGCAGAUAUAAAGAUCAAUAUUUAAGUUCCAUUAGAUGCUAUAAUUGCCAAAAACUUGGUCACACCGCCAAGUUUUGCCAAAAGAAAGAUGAGAAUGAAAGUUCUGAUAAUAUGUUGAUUCACCGAGAAGAUGAACCGGAAGGAAAGGAAACGGAUGACUCAAUGUUUAUGAUUUUCAAUGUAGAAGAGACAGUUAAAGAUGAUUACUGGUAUUUAGACAGUGGAUGUAGCAAUCACAUGACAGGAAACAGAGACUUGUUCAUAAACUUGGACGAGUCCUUAAAAAAGGAAGUGCGAACGGGUGAUGACAAGAAGUUGGAAGUAUUAGGCAGUGGAGAAGUCAUGAUUACAAUACAGGGACGAAGCAAAAAGAUACUAAACGUGUUUUACGUCAAAGGUUUAAGACACAAUCUUCUGAGCGUGGGACAACUCAUAAAAAGGGGUUACACGGUUAAGUUUCAAAAGGAUAAAUGCAUCAUAAAGGAUGCUAGCAAUGAAACCUUGGGUAUCAUAAGAAUGACAAACAACAAGAUGUUUCCUCUCAAUCCUGAAAGAGAUUUAACACUAGCAAUGACCAUGACAACAAAGGACACCUCUAUACUCUAG